AUGGGCUUCCAACCUGCACCCUUCUGUUCGCCUAGGGGCACUGCGACUGCUACCCUCAUUGCAGAGGUGACACCUACCGCUGCCACUCAAUCUUCGCAUGCGCAACUGGUGGCUGCUUCCGCCACUACCGGCCCCGAUGGCAUCAUACGUCUCUCCUGUCUGCCUCCCAAGCAGGCUCACACGCUGGGCAGAUGCAAUUUCCUCAGUCAGAAAAAAUUAGUGAGUCCUGCUGGAGCCUUGAUCAUUACUUGA